AUGGAUAUUGGCUCGGAUCGGAUUCGGCACUACGCGUCAGGACCCGUUAGCGCUGAAGUUCUCGGGGCGGCUGUGCAGCUCUGUGCAAGUGCCAAUCAUUACCCAAACCACCAGCGAAAGUCGCAACGCGUCAUCAACCGAAUUCAAGAGUACUAUUUCAACUCCGACUACUAUGUCGUUCGUGACGACAACUUGCAUGGGCUGAAGGUUAACGCACAUCGCGUCAAGACGUACAAGGCAUCGCUGGAUGGUACGCUCAAGAAGGACGAGAAGGUCGAGAACAUUCAGCUUCGGUACUUGUCGCUCCACACGGUUGAAGUCCUGGACCGCGUUACCUUCGAUCAUGCCUGGGAUAACCCUUCCUGGAAUCUUGAUGGAAUCGAAGUGAUUCGAUCAAAGUUCAAGUGCGACUGCAAAGCGUUCUUCCAAACG